UGCUGUCAGUGUUGUAACUUUUACUUAUAUGGGCGAAUGUUUGCCCGAUAAAAGUCUGUGGCUGUAUGGUAAUAAUUUACCGCUACUUCCACGAAGUUUCAGGCAUGGAUCCAGCUCCAAGUUGAAAUUGAUGGAACGCUACGAGCGUUUGGGUAAAUUGGGCGAAGGGAGUUACGGUAUGGUAUUUAAAUGUCGAAAUCGAGAAAAUGGUCAAGUAGUAGCAAUAAAAAAAUUUGUUGAAUCUGAAGAUGACCCACUGAUUCGGAAAAUUGCUCUACGUGAAAUACGCAUGCUAAAGACAUUGAAACAUCCAAAUCUUGUGAAUUUGCUCGAAGUGUUCCGGCGGAAGCGAAAACUUCAUCUGGUUUUUGAAUUCUGUGAACACACUGUACUUCAUGAACUUGAAAGACAUCCCUAUGGCUGCCCAGAAAUAUUUACAAAACAAAUUAUCUGGCAAACAUUGCAGGCUGUUGCAUAUUGUCAUCGUCACAACUGUAUACACAGAGAUAUAAAACCAGAAAAUAUAUUACUUACUUCACGAGGAGUGGUGAAACUUUGUGAUUUUGGAUUUGCUAGACUAAUGAAUCCAGGAGAAAAUUAUACUGAUUAUGUGGCUACAAGAUGGUAUAGAUCUCCUGAAUUAUUAGUAGGUGAUACGCUGUACGGUCCUUCUGUUGAUGUUUGGGCAAUUGGUUGCGUUGGUGCUGAACUCAUAAGAGGAGAAGCUCUCUGGCCAGGAAAAUCCGAUGUCGAUCAACUGUAUCUUAUAAGAUCUACAUUGGGAGACUUAAUAGCUAGACAUAUGCAUAUUUUCAAAAUGAAUGAAUUUUUUCGUGGAAUAAGUUUACCUCAGCCAGAAAUGAUUGAAUCACUGGAGAAGAAACUUCCCAAACAAGCAUUAUCUAUUCCACAUUUGUUGGACUUUUUAAAAAUGUGCCUUGAAAAAGAUCCAUUAAGAAGAUGGACAUGUGAUCAACUGUUACGACAUCCAUUCUUUGAUAGUUUCUCGUUCAAAUACCCAGAAAGUGAUUUGUAUGAGUUUGAAAAACUAAAAACAUUUCGAGAAAAAUCUAAGAAUGGACAUUAUGUGAACAUUGCGUCAACAUUGUUUCCUCAAAUACCGAGCAAUAAUCAAAGCCCCGACUUAGUACGACCGUUGAAAGUUGCACAAAAACAUUUCGACCAUUUACCAGACAUCUGACACAAAAAUAAUUUGAAUACACUAUUUGUGAAUACACCGUUGCCAUCAGAAAUCGCCAAAAACCAUCAUGCUACCUACUUAUAUACUAUCUAAUACUGCAAUAUCUAUCGAAGGAAAUUUCUCACUUGUUUACCUAUCUUAUGUACCUGCUCUGUUGUGAAAAAUAUAUAUUAUAUUUGAAGUUUAUUUA